CUCUCCAUGCUGCUUUCUGCCCAUGACUUGCAUCUACCUUCUCGAGUCGCCGAUGACAGUCUUUCCAAUGCAACGGAUUGAACCAUGCACAUUCCAUGUCUCGGCUCCACACCAUUUCUUCAUUAUUCUUGUUUGAUUCACUUCUUUUCCUUUUGCUGCUUCAGUCCUGGGGGGAUUCAAAAAUUUCUGGAGUCCGGGCAUGUUUUACUGGGCAGGACUUCUUGCUCUUGACGCUUGCUUCUGUGGGCCGGGCUGAAGUUCCUUUCGCGACCAUAGAAUGUUUAUCCGGGUUUCUAUUGCUCCCUAAUACCGCGGUACUGUUUACCCUUGCUGUCUCGAUGUUUAAGUACGAAUGGAACCAGAAAAAAAAAACCCGAAAAGGAUAAAAGCCUCUUGCUCGUUUCACUCUUCCCAGCGGG